AUGUAAUAAGUUAACGCUGUAAAAUCAUAGAAAAAAGUAUCAGUGUUUUAAUAACCAUAAAAAAGUAAACAAACUUAAAAAAAGAGUAAAACAGAUUCAUAGAAUGAUUAUAAAUAGGAUUAAAUAGAUUAUAAUAAAUCGAAAUAAUAGUAAGCUUCUUUAGUGUUAGAAAAAAAUAAACUUGAUUCAUAAUUGUCAAAAGGGACUUAAAUAAUGAAAGACAGUAUAAAAUCGUCUUAGAAAUCUUAAACAAUUAGAAGCGACAAAAAAAAGUUCACUUAAAAUAGAACAACGUAAAAUAAUUAGACUUUAAUAUUGUUAUAAGAGAAUCAAAUAAAUGAGAAACCAGAAAGAGAUGAAGAAUCUGUAUCAGAGUAAUAUAAUACCUAUAAUGUUGAAUAAGAACAUUCGAUGAUUAUUUUAAAUGAAGCAUUAACAAGAUAGGCAUCUAAGAAAGCAUUUGAAUAGUUAUUAAAAGAAAAUGAGUCAUAUAGAUUAGAUGCUUCUAAUUUUGGAGAUAUUAUUGAUGAAAAUUAGAUAAGUAAUUAAUAAUAGUAAUAAUAAAAUUAAAAAUGGUAAGAAUAAGAAAAGAAAGAUAAUGGGAUAUAAAAUGUAUAAAUGAAUAUAACUGAAGAGAGUGAUUAAGAGGAGGAACAAUAAGAGGAUAUUGAAAUGAUGUAUUUGAGUUUAGUUAACGAAGAGAGUUAAAAUUAUAAUAUAGAAUUAAAUGUAAAUCAUAAUUUUAAAUGGUUACUAUCAGAAAUAAAACACUAUAAGGAUAAUAAAAAAUUUCUAUUUGCUAGGAAAAUAUUAUUUUUUCUAAUUGUUGGAUUUGAAAUUUGUUGUUAUCGUUUAUUAUAAUGGAAAGUAUUCGAUUUAUAUGAAAUGUUUUUAACAUUAACAAAUAUAAUGUUGUUUCUGAAUAGAUCAUCAGAUAAUUAAAAUGAAAUACAAGCAUAUUAAUAUGUGUUAUGUGUACUUUAUUUUGCUGAUUCAUUAAUUCAUUUAGCUGGUUAAGGAUUUAAGAAAUAUAUUUCAUCAUUUUGGAACAUAUAUGAUUUAUUAAUCCUCAUAUUAUACUUUUUAUUUCUUAUAGAAAAUGAUUAUAUUCCUUUUGAUGUAUCAACCUUUAGAUUGAUUCGGAUUCCCUUCUAUGUUGGUAAGAUUAGUAGUACUUUAAAUAUAAUGCUUAUGUCAAUUUAAGAAGCAGUCAAACAAAUCGUUGAAAAUAUAUUAAUUCUAAUAUUGUUUACAAUUCUAAUUGCAUUGAUAAUGUUAUAUGCAUUUAAUGGAGUGAUUAGAUAUCGUUGUAUGUAUGAAGAAUUGGGUAUUUUUUCAUUAAACAAAUUUGAAGAGGAUGUUUGUGGUUAUGUUGAAUGUGAACAUGGUUAUAUAUGUGCAAGAUAAUUAACUAAUUUAGAUACUCCAACUCAUUUUGAUGAUAUAAUCUUCUCCUAUUUCUAAACUAUAAGAACUAGUGUAGUUAAUGAUUGGACGAUUUCUAUGUAUGUUCUGAUGAAGUAAUUUAAUCCUUUAGUUUGUAUUUUAUAUAUCUUUAUCAUUUUUGCAAUCAACAAAUUUUAUUUUUAAUUAUUGAUUGCAGUCUUGAAAGUUAAUUAUCACAAAACUUAAGAACAUUAUGUUAAAAAUCCUAUUAAACCAGAACAAUAUGAAGAUUAAAUUGUUAUCAAUUUAUUUAAACUCAAAACUAUUGGAAUUUGGUAAUCUUAUUUAACAAUCUAUAAAAAUUAUAUAUCACCAAAAAGUGAUAGAUUAAAUAGUAAAUCAUAAUCAAAUCUUACUUAAUUAGAGCCUUAAAUUAAAAUUUAAAAACUUGUUUUUCCUGAAAUUGUAAAUUAAGAAAAAACCAAAUUAUUAUCAGCUCGAUAAUAAAAUGAAAUGAUAAAUGAAAGAAAUUUAUUACAAAAAUUGUAUUCAUUUGAUAGUUGGAUAAUUUUUAUUCUAUUUCCAGAACAUAAACUUUAAAAUUAAAUGAAAAAUAUUAUUUAAUAAAAUGAACAUCUUUUUACAGAACUUUAACUCUAUUAUACUUUUUUAAGUAUUGAUCAUCUUAGUCUAAAUAAAUAAAUUAUUAAAGGAUCUCCAAAUUAAUUUAAUUCUAUUGAAGAUUUAGAAAUAUCUAUUGUCAUUAAAUAAAAAUCUAUUCUAACUAAAAUUAAAAAAAAUUAGAAAAAAUUUAUAAUUUAAAGUUAUGUAAAUAAUUCUUCAAAAAUUUAAAUUAAAAAACACUAAAAAAAAGAGAAAUCAAACUUUCCAAUUAAAAAAUCAAACUUUUCUAAAAAUUUUGAAGAAAUUAAACUAGUUGAUUUAGAUAAUAAUAAUAUUUCAGUACUAGAAGUAAGUGAUGAUUAAAUGAGUUAAUCUCUAGAUUAAUCUAAAAUUGAAAAAUAUCAAUAAGAAAUUUAAUAAAAGAAAAAUAUAAAGAGUCUAAGUAAAUUUCAUUCUUAAAAAUUUCAACAGAAUAAUAAAAAUAAUAAAUCAAUACCAUAAUUAUCUAAGUUCAUUUUAAUAGAUGGAUUGUAAUUACCAUACUAAUAAAUAGAAAAGAUUAUAAAUACAGAACCUAAAACUGAAAUAUAUGAAAUAAAAAAUUAUGAAUAAAAAUAUCAUAAUAAAAUAUCAUAAAUAAAUGAUGAAAUUUAUACAAAAAAAUGGUCAGGAAAUGAUUUAAUACAGAAUUAUAAGGCCAAUUCUGUAAUUUAAUAUUUAAAUAGAGGAUGGAAUUAUUAUUUUGCAAAAGGAUUUAAAUUUUAUAUAGAAUUGAUAAAAUUUUGGUCAAUUAUUUUUAUAACUCAACCUUUUGUAAUGGUAAUAAUUGAUAGUUUUGUAUGUAUUGAUACAUUAUUAAUUGCAUUUUCCGACUAUUAUGAUUCUGCAAUUUCAGAUUUUUUUGAUCUAUCAGUGAAUAUUUUAUUAGUUUUAGAAAUGAUGAUUAAAUCCAUAUGUAUAAAAGGUUAUUUAUACAAAGUGAGUAAUAUUUUAGGAUGUUUGGUGAUUACAAUUUCAGCUAUAGAGAGAAUUUUAACUCUAACAAUUUAUUAAGAUGAAGAAGUAUUGAUAGAGAGUUUUACUUACGUUAGAAUUUUAAAGUCUUUAUUCUUUUUUAGAGUAAUCAAAUACAAUACAUUUGCUUAAAAUAUGUUGGUUAUAUCAUAUUAAACAUUUCCUAAUUAUGCUGUGAUGACAUUAUUGUUAUUUUUUUUAAUCCUAAAUUAUGCCGUAUUUUCAUUAUAGAUUUUUAAUUUUCCUGAUAAUGGUGAAUUGGCAUUAUUUCAUUAUUUUGGAAAUAUCUAUUAAUCAUGGAUUGCAGUAUAUGAUAUUUCAACAAGUGAUGAUUGGUAUGGAGUUGUAAUUCUAAGUACUACAUAUACUGCUUCAUAUAUAGCAUUCUUAUUUUGUAUAUCUUUAGUUUUUAUAGUCAAUUAUUUUGGAUUUGGAUUAGCUUUUGUCAUAAUUUUAGAUGGAUUUGCUAGUUAUUUAGAAAAUGUUGAAGAAGUUGAGGAGGUAAAAUAAGUAGCAGAAAAUGAUUAAACUUAUGCUUCAAUUGACAUUAUAGAGAAUAAGAAAAAUAAAAUUAAAAAAAAUUACACUCUUAAUAAUAUUUUACAUUCUUUAAUAUAACCAGAAGAUAAUGAAAAAUUUAAAAAUAUUAAAAAUUAAUAUUCAUUAUUGAUUAUAUCUAAAAGUAACCGACUUAGAAAAAUAUGUUUUACAAUCACUGAAAAUAAAAUAUUUUAGAUAUUGAUGAUGUUAAUAAUGUGGGGUAGUUUAAUAAAUUUAAUUGUAAUUACUUAUACUGAUUAAUAUAAACAUGAAGAAUGGAGUUUUUGUGAAGUUAUUAAAUUGAUAUGUAAUGCAGUCAUUUUAAUUGAUGGAAUCUUAUAAAUAAUAACAUAUGGUUUAUUAUCAGAUGAUGGUUAUUUCAAUAGCAUAUGGGUAUUUAUUGAUUUUUUAUACGUUGUCUGUUAUUUUUUUCAUUUGGUUAUUUAUCAUGAAGCCUUAGAAUGGAUUCUCUUUUUAGGCUAUUUAAGACCAUUAAAAGUUACAUCUGCAUAUGGAUUCUUUAUAAAUGAAAGAGGAGCUAUAAUGAAAUCAUUAGGAGAUAUUAUUUCUAUCUUUUAUGUUGUGUUACUAUUUUGGUUUAUUUUUGCUAUAUUUGGUAUGACUAUAUAUAAGGGUAAAAUGGGUUAUUGUGGAGAGUCUAUUAAUUAUGGAGUUAGCAAAGAAGAAUGUUUGGAAGAAAAAGAGGAAUGGAUUAUUUACUAAUAUAAUUUUGAUAAUAUAUUAGAGGCAAUGUAAUCAUUAUAUGUUUUAUCAACAUUUGAUUUAUGGGCUUAGACUUUAUUUAUUUGUAUUAAUAGUGCUCCUGAAUCUACAGGACCUAUUAGAUUUAAUAAUGAAUGGAUAUCAUAUUUUUUCUUUUUUUCUUUUACAUUUGUAGGAGCAUUGUUUUUUUUAUAAUUUUUUGCUGGAGUUAUUUUUGUUAAUUUUUAAUAAAAUAAAUCAUAAUUAUUAAAUCCAGAUUUAACUUUGGAUUAAGAACUAUUUUUAAAGUUAUCUGAUAUAAUAAUGUUGGAUACACCUAAUUAUGCUAAACCUCCUAAAAAAGGAUUAAGAUUAAUAGCGAAACAAUUGUUAGAUAAUCCAUAUUACAUAUUGAUCACAAAAUAUAGUCUACUUUUAAAUCUAUGUAAUAAUAAAUUAAUUAAUUUUAGUUAUUCUUAUGUUAUUCUAUGAAUCAGCUAAUAAUCAUUAUCUCAAAAUUUUAAAUGGAUUUCAACAUUUUUUUAGUCUAAUUUUAACAAUAGAUUGUAUAGUGAAAUUAUUUUCAUAUCAUAUUAAAAGAUAUUUUGAUGAUGUUUGGAGAUGGAUGCAACUUAUAUUUGUUAUUUGUGCAAUUUUAGAUUUCUGGUUAGAUCUUUAAGAAGGAUUAUUUAUUAGAUAUGUUAGAGCUAAUAGAGAUGAACCUUAUUUUGUAUGGUUAAGAUUAUUUAUAUUACAUAGAUGUUUAAGAAUGACAUUAAUAAUUUAAUAAUUUACUAGAAUAAGAAAAUUAUUGAAUGUUAUUUAUUUCAAUAAAAUGGCAUUAUUAAGAAUUUUAGGACUUUUUGUAACAGUUCUAUCUUGUUACUCAUAUAUAGGUUGUGAAUUGUUUUAGAAUAUAAAGACAGGAUUUAUGAUGAAUGAUUAAUAAAAUUUUACGAACUUUUUCUAUGGAUUGAUUGUUACUUUUAAAUGUACAAUAGAAAAUGGAUGGAGAUUCAUAUAUUAGGAUUCAUAAGAACAUAUGAAAGAACAUCAUGAACCAUGGAUCUUAGCAUAAAUCUAUUAUUAUAGUUUAAUAUUUAUAGGAGCUAGAGUCUUACUUAAUUUAAUUGUUUGUGAACUUGUUUAAGAAUUUGAAAAGUUUUAUGAUACAAGUAGUAGUUGUGUAGAAACAUAUGUAGAAACUAUUGAUACUUUUAGAAAUUUAUGGUGUAAAUAUUCUGAAGAAUUUUAAGGAACCAAAAUUUAAACUAAAUAUUUAGCUCAUUUUCUUUUAGAAUUAGGAGAACCUCUUGGAGCAUAAAAAGGUGAUAAUAUUUGGGAUGCUGCUAAACAUGCUUCAGAGUUUGAAUUAAAAAAAGAUUUUGAUGGAUGUUUAACAUUCAGAAAUCUACUUUAUGAAGUCUUCAAAGCAACUUUUAAAAAAAGUAUUUUUAAAAUAAGUACUAAAGCUGGUAAAAAAAUAAUGAAAGAUAAUGACAAAAAAGUAAAAUAUCGACUUUACAAUUAAAGGAAUCCUAAUUAUAGAAGAGAAUGUGUUAUUUAGAUUGUUGAUUUACAAAGUAAUUUCAAUAUUCUUUAAGAAUAUUUAUAUUUAUAUAUGGCUAUAAAAGCAUGGAAAGCAUUUUCAGAACAUUUCUUUAAAGCUGGAGAAUAAAUUAAAAAUACUAUUGAAUAUACAGAGAAUGAUGUAAAUGUUGAAAUAUCUAAAUUCAGUAAGAUAUUUUGUAAAGGAGAAGAUGUAGACAUGUAUUAUGAUGAAGAUGAUGAAGAAGAAGUAGAAGAAGUUAUUUAAUUCAAUCCUAUUAAAAGAUAAAGAAAAAGAAGACCAACAGCAGAACAUUUAAGAAGACCAACUGAUGUUUAUAUAUUACCUUAUUAUGAUGAAUAAAGAGGAAUAGAUAGUAGAGCAUUUGAUUAAAAUGAAAAAAUAGAAAAUAAUAAAUUUUUAUUCAAACCUACUGAUUAGAAAUAAUAGAACAAAUUAAAAUCUAUCUCUGUUAUUAAGAAAAAGGAAUAAUUAAUAAAAUAUAAUGAUUAUAAUAUAAGAAGAGAUGCUAUUGAUAAAUAAAUUUAGUCAAGAAAUAAAUAUCUUUAUGGUUAUCAUGAUAAAAUGAUUUUAAGAUAAAUAGUUGAUGAUAAACCUGUAAUGUCACGUAUAGAUCCUAUGAAAGUACCAAGUCAUUACAACAUUAUGAAGAUUGGUUCAAAGUUAAAAUGA